CACUGCUCUGAAACGUCAGACUGUUGUCAAAUCGGCAAUGAAUUCGUGGCUAAACAAUUUGAGGUUUAAAUUAACAAUUAAAUCGCUUAAUUAAUGUUAAAUUUAGCUUAGACCGUACGAAUUUAUCUGAAGAAAAUGGGUGUAGCUAUAAGCAAAUACUCGGAGUUGUCUUCCAACGAGCUGUUGAUGAAGUUCUGUUCGUCCGAGGCCGUCUGUCCUAACGAUCCGUUCUGGAAUCAGUUGCUGGCAUUCAAUAUUAAUCCUCCGUCAAGCGCUGAAGAGCAAUUAAUGUUCGAUGGCAGUGCAGAAGCGUUACUUCAAAAGUUUCUCCAAAACAACCCACAGACCGGCAACCUUGGUUCUCUCGUGCAAGUCUUCAUCACCAGGGCCACUGAGCUACUAGCAGCACCGAAUAGUGACAACGUGAUGUUAGCAUGGCAGACGUUCAACGCACUGUUCGUGAUCCGCGCCGUGAGCAAGUAUUUAGUAGAAAUGGUGCCUGAGUACGAGCUCUGCAGGCAUCUGGACGUUCAAGCGGAAAGGAGGGUGGGAAAUGGACCUGUUGAUACCAGGGAAGAGUCUAAUACUCCACAAGAAACGCCAUCACCACUCGCAGUCCCGUCGACUCCCGAUUUAGAAGUACAAACAUCUCCGAAACUGACCGGCACCGAGAGCCGUGUGGAAAUGCUCAUCGAUGCCCUGAUAGGAAUCAUCAUAGAUGUACCGGUCACAGACAACACGUAUUACCUACACUUGGAGUGCAUCAACACAAUAUUGGUGCUCAUGUCUGUGUACAUGUUCGCCGGGGUCCACGGACAAACGAGGCUGGUCGAUACCUCUUUAAUUUAUAGAACCCUCUUCCAAGGCCGCUACGGCAUGCACGCGCCGCUACUAGUGAAGACGUUACUGAACAACUUGUCGAACAUGCUCGCCGCGCCGCCGAGCAUGUUCGGCGCGCACGCGGGCGGCGGGAGUCUGCUCAUUAACUUUGCUUCUGGUCUCUGGAACAUGAUAACCUUCAACUCUUCGUCUCGUCCGACGAUCUAUACGCAGCCUCCGCUAGAUAGACAGGAACUAAAAGAGAGGGUCAAAAGAGAACACCCUCUAGCUAACCAGUCCUGUUUGCUGUUACUCACGCUGGCGAACCACUGUAUGAACGAUGAUAACCUGUAUAGGAACGCCUUGUUAUGCUGUGAGGAUACUGCAGAAACGUCUGCGCCCACACCACAGAAAGAAUCAAAUGGUGGACCACAAUUGACUCCACCAAGAAUUGACAUGGCAGCUCUCCACAAAGCGAUUUGCGCGACGGCCGGCUGCGAGCACUCCACACUGCUGCUGUAUCUAAUGUUGCAUUCGUGUACAGCGUACAAACGGCACAUAAGCAACGUCGAGAAAAUUGAUCAAUUGAUAGUGCCUAUCCUGCAAGUGUUGUACAACGCGCCCGACAACAAUUCACAUCACAUAUACAUGUCGCUAAUAGUGCUGCUAAUACUGACUGAGGAUGAAGCGCUUAUCAAAGGCGUGCAUUUAAUUAUGCUGAAGAACCUGUCGUGGUACACGGAGCGCGUGAUCUCGGAGAUCUCUCUGGGCGGGCUGGUGGUGCUGGUGCUGCUGCGCGCGCUGCAGUACAACAUGGCGCGCGUGCGGGACAAGUACCUGCACACCAACUGCCUCGCCGCCAUCGCCAACAUGAGCAGUGAAUUCAGAAAUCUACAUCCCUACGUAGCGCAAAGAUUAGUUUCAUUAUUUGAAACGUUAACAAAACGAAGAGCAAGGCUAUGCAGUGAGAUCGAAGGAGGCGACAUCAAUAGUUUAGAAUUACCACAUCACGCUGAAGAGAAAACUGAAGAAAUUAUGGAUCACAUAAGUGUCCUGGACGAGGUUCUUCGCAUGUUGCUAGAGAUCAUCAACUCGUGCGUGGCUCACCAGCUGUGCAACAACCUGAACGUGGUGUACGCUCUGCUGCACAAGCGGCAUCUGUUCCAGCAGCAUCACCACCAACACCCAGUCGCACAGAAUAUUGAUAUGGUCAUAGGAUACUUCUCGACGCGGUUACAGCGGGUCCAAGAAGGCGCCGGCGGUGACCUAGGCGUUACCGAGGUGCUGGCGUGUAUCAAGAAGGGAGCAGAGCAGUGGUCCAGUGAUAGACUUAAGAAAUUCCCCGAUCUUAAAUUCCGGUACGUGGAAGAAGAUAGGCCGGAGGAGUUCUUCACGCCCUACGUAUGGGGUCUGGUCAACUCCUGCGGCGGAGUGUACUGGGCCAGCGAGGGCGGCGCCAGAGCCCUGGACCUGUUGGCUUGCUGAUUACCAGACUACAGAGAAAACUGUGUCGACAAAGUGCUGAGGACUCUAAGAACCAUAUUGUGUUAGUGUUUGGGAGAUAGGCAAGCAACAAAUCCGCUUUUAACAAUGCCCGAUAAAUGAAUGGAAUUUGGAUUAAAUUUGACACUAUUCGUAUUCUCCUUAGCUUCUAGCCAACAUUUCAUUUGUGUUGCUAGAAAUUUCGGAAAUUCUUUGCAUUGUCCUGAAAUGAAUACUGAAUUUCCAAUUAUUGUGUUAGAAAAAUGCUUAGGGGAAUACGAAUGUGUCAUUUUAAUCCGUAUUCAGACAGACAUUGUAAAUAGCGGAAUUUGAGGCCAGGUAGCUUACAUUCCACCUCUUAAAGACUAACUAACGUGGAAGGGAGAAGACACUAUAUUAUGUAGCGCCCUCUCGCUUCCACAGUUGUAACUAUCUUCUUUAAAAGGUGGUAGUAAGCUCUCAGUUAACUUAUCUCGUACAAGCAAGUGUAUGCAACAUUUGUACAAUUAUUACUGUUUUUUUUUAUUAGUAUUUCCGAUAGUGUAUCGUGUUGUCGUUAGUAGUCAUGGUGGCCUUGCGGUUAUGUGUAUGGAUUUGUAUGCCCGAGGUGCAGGUUCGAUCCCCACGCGAUGACAUUAAAAAGACACUAGAUGAAGUACCAAUGUGAUUUUUAAUGUUAUUUGUGUUUUUUUAUCAUCCUGAGAUAUCUGGAAAACGGUGAUGAAACCAUCGUGAAAACUUAAGGAUUUAGGCGAAACUUGAUACGCAUAUGGCUUAUAACCUGAAUUAAAACUAAUCACAGAAUAGUUUUAUGUUCCUGUGGGAUCAUUUUCGAUUUGUAGCGGGCGGGACCGCGGGCAACAGCUAGUGUUAGAUAUUUGUCUAGAAAUCUGUAGAACCGCGACUGCAUAAAUGUCAUUAUACUGUCAAAAUAUUUAUCCGACUGCAAAAAGAGGGUAAUGUUACACGUUAAUAUUAUGACGGACUGUCAAAGUAAGAUUGGCGCCAAUCGACGCGACAUGACCAAAAAGAUUUUUGAAAAUGUGAUUUUUGUACUUUAAACACUUAUUUGUAUUUCACAAAACUAUAAUAAAGUCUAUAUGUAAGACGAAUAGUAUAACUACCAUUUUUAAAAAUAAGUUUUUUGAAGGUAGAAGUUGUUUUGUUUUAUUCUUCGAGUACCCUACAUGAGGGUUUUAU